AUGAUUAGCAAAGUUCGAAGGCAUCAAAGUGACUUGCCACAUGACCAAACGCUCGAUUCACUCGAAGGUAAUGGAGAUCAGCGAGGUGGUCCAAGUGAACUUCAAGAUCUGCAACUUCAUAUUUUGAGCAAAAAUAAGAACUUUGUGGUGUUGAAUAAGGGCCCAGACGAGCGAUUAGACGGCGCAUUUGACGUGACACUAGAGAAAGCGUUGACCCGAGAUUUUCCGCACGUGGAUAAAUUUCGCUGGAUUCACCAAUUGGAUUUUGCAACGUCAGGUGUCUUGGUCGUUGGAGUGAAUAAAGAAGCGACAGCGACUGGGUGUCGUCUUUUUCGAGAAAAGCAGGUGCAAAAAGAGUAUUUGGCUGUGAUUCGUGGUCAUUUACCCUUUGAUCCAGCAAAAUGUACUGACAUGGAAGAAUUGGAGCGGUUUAGGAAUCAGCAACGGGGCUCAAGAAAGCACCAGAAAAUGCCUGGAUAUCCGCGUGGAGCACGACACGGACCAAAUUUGUUUGCAAUGGAACAGGCUCAGCUUUUGCGUGAUCAUCACAUACGUGAAAAUUCAUUCAUCAAAACUCAAACUCGUGCAUUAACACCGACAGAAUUAGCCUUUACAAAGAUGACAUGGCAUGACUUAACUAAAGAGGAAAAAGACACGUAUUUGCAAAGAGCAAAAGUUGACAAAGAGCGCUUUCUUAGAGAAUUUAGUGAAUUUUUGAGUCAAGAAAAGAUUCGACUUGCUCACGAGCGGAAGUAUGAUAGUCUUAAUGGUGAUGAUAGGGGGAGGUGCCAUGAGCCUGUCGCUUAUAUAUUUGAUUCCCCAAUCCUCGAGCCACACGAAAGUACGGGUGUGUUUCGCAUGCUGGUGGGAAGCAAGAAUGACAUCAUGGCAAAACAAUCCACAACAAUUUGCUUCGUCCUGGGACACUCAAUGUACAAUGGCGAACCUGUGACGAAGGUUUUAUUACGACCACUGAAUGGCCGACGUCACCAAUUGCGACUUCAUCUAGCAGAUCACGGAUUCCCUAUCGCAGGUGAUGUCACUUACGGCUCACAAGAAGAUGAAGCACCGCGCAUGAUGCUGCACGCUUGGCGGAUCUGGCUUUGCGGAUGUCCAGCAGAUCAGAAAAAGUAUGGAGAUUUAUAUUUUGAAAGUCCAGAUCCGUUUGCACUCAUAGUGCCAAGUGAACGCAAAGUGAGCACCAUCACGUAUCACAAGCACAACGAGGCUAGAGCACAACACAUUUGA